AUGAGAUAUGCCGUGACGAUCUAUAUGGGAAUGUACAUUGUUGGCAUCUUCCUUGCCGUGGUACUCCAUGCACUACUGGUCAGUGAUCGAGCAAGCAACAUUGUGUUUUCGAUCAUCCAUUCUCUGUUCCACAUUCUCCAGGAUUCGAUGGGUGCCACCAUUCUCUUUGCCUCCCUCUGUUAUGUGUUCCAUUCAACCCUACUGUCACCAAUUGUACAGUGCUACCAACAAACCAAGCUGGAGGAGAUCAAGAGUGUCCUCAAGCGAAAGAAGGAGGAAGAUGAGUUCAAGAAAAGAAUGAUUCAAAGUCAGACAACUUCUAUUCUAAUUAGGCACCAAAUUUGGUGCAACCCAAUCAAUACAACUGAAUUCGUAGUGAUCCCAGGAACAUCAACGGAGUUUAGAUUGACCUGCAGAUCAGUGGUGAAGGUCUUGGUCAUGAGUCACUGUUCCACCGGCCAUCCCACCGAUUUGGUUAAUCAAGCAAUUGAUAUUAGGGUGUUCAUCAAUGGCGAAGAUAUUGGUCCUUCGUUCAACUGCUCUCAUGCAAGAGAGUUUGUUCCUUUCAACAAUAUAGCUAUGGUCACUCGAGAGCCUGGUCAGUAUACCAUUGAUGUCCGAGCAAUGAUGAGAUUGAAUACUAGUCAAGGAUAUGUCAAUGGACUCUAUGGAAUCAUUGAGCACUAUGGUGUUUGA